UACAACUUCCAUAUAAAAGGCAAUUUUGGGUUCAUUUGAAUAUAUUGGAUAAUCGGAAUAUCUGAUACGCCCCCUAUAUGUAAAAAUAUGUGAAAACAUAAGCAAAUCAAAUAUUUAUACCUCAGCACUGCUGAGAUUCUUUCCCCAUUCAAUGACAAAUGACGUAAACUUGCUGUCAGUGUCUCUCGCAACCCGCCACUUGCUACUCGUACUCGACAAGGACAACACUGACAGCAAACUUACAGCAAACAAACGGCAUUUAGUCAAUUAGCAGACUCACUUUUCCAGAGUAUUACUCCAGAAAUGGCAUAUUUUUCGGGCAAAAGGAAGCAACUCACAGACAUCGACAUCCAAGAAAUGUUUUUUAAUUCAGAUGAAGAAGAGGAGUACAACACCGAUGCAAGUAGCAGUGAUGACAGUGAUGGUGAGGGUCUGCCCCCAAACCUAGAGGACCUUGCAAACCCAGAGGCCGAAGGUCCCUCUAGUGAAGGCGAAAUGGAAAUGGGGGAUGAAGUGGAGGAGGUGAGUUCCACGAGCUGGUGGGCCGCCAGUGAUUUCACUCCCCCUGGACCCAGAGUUGUGUUUAAUGAAACACUGUCUGGGGUGCAGACCCCCCCCGAAGAUCCCACUGAGGCUCAGUGUUUCAAACUGUUCCUCACAGAAGAACUAGUCGAGGAGAUAGUGGAGGAAACAAACCGCUAUGCUUCAGUGCAGCAGGAGAUGAUGCCGUCCGGAGUAAAAGGCAAGAUUGCUAAAUGGGUGCGGACAACCGUGAAUGAGAUGUACUCAUUCUUGGUCGCUGUCCUCCUGAUGGGAAUUGUGAGAAAGUCGUCCCUCCGAGACUACUGGACCACAGAUCCCAUCCUCCUGACCCCCUUCUUCGCCACAAUUUUUUCCCAGGACCGUUUCCUGCUUCUCCUCCGUUGCUUGCACUUUGUCGACAGUGCAAGCGCUAACGUAAAUGAUCCCCUGCACAAGAUCAGAAAUGUGUUUAGUGCUCUCACCACUUCAUUCCAAAGGGUUUUUGUGCCACACAGAGACCUCUGUGUCGAUGAAUCCCUAAUGAAGUGGAAGGGUAGGCUGGCAUUUCGGCAGUACAUCCCAUCAAAAAGGCAUAGGUUUGGUGUCAAAUUCUUUGUCCUUUGUGAUGUGUUGACCGGUUACGUGCAGGACAUGAUCAUUUACACGGGAUCCACCACUGACAUCACCCACUUUCCAGGACUUGGGAUAUCUGGCUCGGUCGUGAUGACCUUACUUGCACCCCACCUAAAAAAGGGCCACGUCCUGUACAUCGACAACUGGUACAGCAGUCCAACAUUGUUCCAGCACCUCCUCUCCCUAGGAACGGGGGCCUGUGGGACCGUUCGUGCAAAUCGGAAGGGGAUGCCAGCCUUCAGCCCUAAAAUGAAGAAGGGUGAAGUGGAGUUCAAACAAAAUGGCAGUCAGUUGGCCGUUAAGUGGCAUGAUAAACGUGACGUUCAUAUGCUCACCACUGUUCAUUCAUCAGUGAUGUCAGCCACGGCAAGGAUUGAUCAUGCCACCGGGGAGAGGAAACUCAAGCCAGCUUGUGUUCUUGACUAUAACAAGAAGAUGGGGGCUGUGGACAAGGCGGACAUGGUGAACAGCUUUGUCGAAUGUGCCAGGAAGACUACCAAGUGGUAUAAGAAAGUCUUCUUUCACUUGGUAGACACUGCUGUUCUCAAUGGCCACAUCGUCCACCGUCAACAGUCUGGGAGAGUCAUCCCUUACCAGGAAUACAGACUGAACUUGAUGAAACAGCUGCUCGAGGUGCAUCAUACACCUCGACGCCCAUCCACCGGUGGCCGUCCCACAUCAGACAAUCCUCUGUGGUUGACUGCCAGGCACUUUCCCUCGGAGGUCCCUCAGACUGCUACCCAAGGAAGCAGGACCAGGAGGAAGUGCAAGGUGUGCACUUCUACCUCGCGUCGGAGAAAGGAGAGGAAAGUGACAAAGUUCAUGUGUGUGGCAUGCAACGUUGCCUUGUGUGCUGCCCCAUGUUUUGAGGAGUAUCACACACUCAAACAUUAUUAAACACCCAUCGUUCUACCUUGGCCGUUGAGCGGGAUUUAAAAGCCAACGGUUCAAGCAGGACUUUCACAUGACAUCUUGGUGAGGGGUCAUGCCACAACAACUGAUCAAGCCAACAGAUCUCCCGUUCUACCUUGGCCGUUGAGCGGGAUUUAAAAGCCAACG